ACUCCAAGCCCGAUGCCUUCCCUCAUCUCCCAAGAGCCCCAGCGCGUCUGGUUCAUCACCGGAACCUCGUCCGGCUUCGGAAAGCAGCUUGUUGCUUCAGUCCUCGCUCGUGGCGAUCGCGUCAUUGCCACCGCACGCUCGAUAGAGAAGAUCAAGUCCUUCUCCUCACUCCCCGAGGCCUCGCCCUCGCGUCUUGCCCUCCUGAAGCUCGACGUGUCCGACACCGCAGAGAGCAUCCAGCGCACCGUCAACCAUGCCCUCUCGAUAUGGGGCCGCAUCGACGUCGUCGUCAACAACGCAGGUCUCGGCAUGAAGUCUGUGCUCGAGGAGGGCGGAUCCCUUGCCGCGAUGCAACAGUUCCAGACAAACGUCUUUGGCGUGCUAAACGUCACAAACGCCGUCCUCCCCCACAUGCGGGAACGCCACUCAGGGACGGUUGUCAUUGUCGGCAGCCGCACAGGGUGGCACGCCGCUUGCCCUCCAGUUGGGUUCUAUGCCGCCUCAAAAGCCGCAGUGCACGCCAUCGGCGAGACAUACGCCUCCGAGCUCGCCCAGUUCAGCAUCCGCGUCACCGUCGUCAUCCCGGGCUCCUUCCGCACGAGCGCGCUCGGCCAGCCGAUCACGGUCCACAAGCACAUCCCCGCGUACGACAUGAUCCGCGAGAAGGGCCGCGCCCGCUUCAACUCGAUCUCGGGCUACGAGCGCGGCGACCCCGCCAAGGCCAUGGAGCUCCUCGUCGACGUCGUCCGCGGCGAGGGCUCGGCGCGCGGCCGCGAGUGGCCCAUGUGGUUGUUCAUGGGCCAGGACGCCUACCGGGACGUGCGGGGCAAGUGCGACGCGGUCCUCCGGACGCUUGAUGCCUGGGAGGACGUGUCGACGAACCUCGAGUUCGACCAAUGACCUGCUGUUUUCCCUUCUUUUUCUUCUUUCUUCUUUUCUUAUUAUAAUUUAUCUGGCAUGAUCCGUUGUAUAGAUUACAGCAGUGCUCUCGGAUGGACAUUUUGCGGCAAAUGGGCGGUCGCAGCAUCUAUCUCUCAAAUGGACGCUUCUUUGUAGCCAUAUAUAUAUACCAAUAUCGCAACACCCCGUAUAAUCGAUAUCGCACUCAGUAGACACCACACGUAAUUUUAACUUAUGGCUAUUAUAAAAUAGCACAGCGAAUUUCAGGAGCCCCUUGACCCUGCCAGUGUCCGGCCGUAGAGCGAACCAAGACAGAAUUAUGCACUCGCCCUGCCACAUCCCUAGACGGGGGCUGCAGGGUCCACUGGUCAGGCCGACGGCCGCGCGCCCGUCGUCACCUCAACCCAACCCCUCGCGCCAAUCGGCCGGGCCAGAGAUCCCAGAGAUCCCAACUACAGCCACAGUACCGCAAUGUUCGCAUACGCAAAGCCAGUGUCCAACCCACAACCCCGCCAUGCGCGCAUCGUUGGUCACUCACGCUGAUGACACAUCGU